UUUGGCUGGAGAAUGCCCGUUUGGCUGUAUGAGUGCUCCAAGCAAAUUUCAACAUUUACUUUUGGUAUGUUGCUCGUAUUGGACGCCACCGAAUUGGGUAAAUAUACCAUAGGUCGUCUAAGACCACAUUUCAUGGCAGUUUGUCAGCCGAUACUAACUGAUGGCACCACUUGUAAUGAUCUAUCAAAUCGACAUCGCUAUAUUGAAAACUAUGUAUGUGCUGGAAAUGGUUAUAGAAUUGAAGAUGUCCGCCAAUCGAGGCUUUCAUUUCCAAGUGGACAUUCCAGCAUUGCCUUCUAUGUCACUGUUUAUCUAGCAAUUUACUUGCACUACCGAUUAACCUGGCGAGGUUCUAAAUUGCUGCGUCAUUUCCUACAAUUCAUUUUACUAAUGCUUGGUUGGUUUACGGCAUUGAGUCGCGUUAUGGAUAACUGGCAUCACUGGUCCGAUGUACUUGUCGGCAUUCUGCUGGGCAUUGUUGGUGCUGUAAUUAUGACGCGUUGCGUCGCCAAAUUGCACAAAGAUGGACGUAUGUGCAACUUAAAGCUAAGCCUUCCACGUGCUCCUACCACUACAACUUUACAGGAAGUCAUAUCCACACCGCCACCUUACACCCUCAACACAAUGAACGGCUUCAGUAAUCAACAGUAUUGCACGAAAAUGUAAUCUACGCUCUCAGUUAAUACCACAAUAAAUAAAUUCAAACGAAUUGUUCUCAUAGA